UUUCAGGUAAAUCCAGGAGAUAAUGGCCAGCCGGGUAAACCCGGAAUAAAUGGAGAACCAGGACUCCCAGGACCACCAGGCCCUCCUGGCCCACCAGGGGUGUGCCCAGACUGUGGUGGCAGUACCGGCUCAGGGCCAUAUCAGCCUCAGUACAAGGACUCUGGCAAGUAUGAUGGUGGAGGACCAGGACCAGGCCCCGUCAUCGGCUUUCCUGGUCCCCCAGGGCCAAUAGGAAGGCCUGGAUCCCCUGGAUCUCCAGGUACACCUGGCUACCAAGGACCCCAUGGUGAAACUGGCCCACAGGGUCCCACUGGACCAUCAGGACCACCCGGUAUAAUUGGACCCGUAGGCCCUUCUGGCAAAGAUGGGGAGCCUGGAAGAUCUGGAAAGAAUGGAGAGCGCGGCUUCCCUGGACCUCCGGGCAUGCAGGGCCCAUCCGGCUUGCCGGGAUUUCCUGGAAUGAAAGGUCAUCGCGGUUUUACUGGAAGGGAUGGAUCUGCAGGUGAAAAUGGCGCCCCUGGGCCAAAGGCAGAACCUGGUGGACCAGGAGAAAACGGUCAACCUGGCCUCAUGGGCCCACGUGGAAUUCCUGGUGAAAGAGGACGUCCUGGGAAUUCCGGAAGUCCAGGCGCUCGUGGGAAUGACGGCUCUCCCGGAUCGGCUGGAUCGCCUGGUAACCCAGGACCCCCUGGUCCCCCUGGAUUCCCCGGCGGUCCUGGCCUUAAAGGAGAAAAUGGCGGUCCCGGAGCGCGUGGAAAUGAUGGCACCCCCGGACAAAGAGGAGAACCAGGCCCCCCUGGCCAAGCUGGAGCUUCUGGCAAUCCAGGAAGUCCUGGCAGAGAUGGAGCAGUUGGUUCCAAGGGUGCAGCGGGUGCACCAGGAAUCCCAGGAGGCCAAGGACUGCAAGGAGGUCAGGGCCCACCAGGCCCCGCUGGCAGUAACGGUAGCCCCGGACAAAGAGGACCCCCGGGAGAAGCAGGAAAACCAGGUGGCAAAGGUGAACCCGGCACCAAAGGCGAGAAUGGUGCCACCGGACCCCAAGGACCUCAGGGAUUACCAGGAUCAGAUGGAGCAAAAGGACAGCCUGGGGAGCCUGGCGCAUCUGGACAACCUGGGAAUUCUGGAGAACGAGGCUUACCAGGCAUGCGAGGAGUGCCAGGUGGCAAUGGCCUGCCAGGAGAGAAGGGACCUCAAGGGCUGCGAGGAGAAGUUGGGCCAUCUGGUCCAAAAGGGCAGCCAGGUGAACCCGGUCAGACUGGAACACCCGGAUUUCCAGGACAAAGAGGCUUGCCAGGCUCUCCGGGACAUGGAGGCGCUGAUGGAAAAGCAGGCCAGCCGGGUCCUCCUGGUGAAAGUGGCCGUCCUGGACCUCCUGGCAACCUGGGUCCCCGAGGUCCUCCUGGUGUGAUGGGCUUCCCCGGUCCCAGAGGGAAUGAUGGUCUUGCUGGGAAGCCAGGCGAGAGAGGACCCUCAGGGGGACCUGGCACACCAGGGACAGAUGGGAAAAAUGGUGACCCUGGCCAUCCUGGAGGACCUGGCCCUGCGGGACCUGCUGGAGACAGAGGACCUCCGGGUGGAAGUGGCCCACCUGGAUUCCAGGGAUUGACAGGCCCACAAGGACCCUCAGGAGAGCCUGGAAAAUUAGGAGAUGCGGGCCCACCUGGAGAGAAUGGCCUUCCAGGAGGACCAGGUCCCAAGGGUGAGAAUGGCGUCCCCGGUGAGCGAGGACUUCAGGGACCACCUGGACCACAAGGGCAACGAGGAAACGCAGGCCCACCCGGCCCGGAUGGUGGAAAGGGUCUUCCAGGCCCCCCUGGUCCCAAUGGACCAUCUGGUGGCCCUGGACUGCAAGGGAUGCCAGGAGACCGAGGUGGACAAGGAGCCCCAGGACUCAGAGGUGAAAAGGGAGAACCCGGCAGCCGAGGAGGUGAUGGAUCACCUGGAAAAGAUGGCAUGAGGGGUCCUGUAGGUCCCAUUGGUCCUCCUGGUCCCAAUGGUCCUUCUGGUGAGAAGGGUGAAGUAGGCCCUGCUGGUGGUCCCGGACCUGUUGGUGGUCGAGGCCCCCCUGGAGAACGUGGAGAACCUGGAUCUACUGGACCGGCUGGCUUCCCUGGAACACCAGGGCUAAGUGGUGAGCCUGGAGGAAAAGGAGAGAGAGGCCCCAGUGGAGAAAGAGGAGCACCUGGACUGUCAGGAAAUCCGGGACCACCUGGUGUCGCUGGGCCAGCGGGUCUACAUGGUCCUGCUGGAGAGAAAGGCGGCAUUGGACCUCCUGGAGGCCUUGGACCCCCUGGCAUGUCAGGUCCUCGUGGAAGCAAUGGCCUACCCGGUCCAAAUGGAAACCCUGGCCCCCCUGGACCAACAGGUAACCUCGGUAAGCCAGGACCGCCUGGACCUGCUGGCAAUGCUGGGCCUCCUGGAGGACCUGGCUCAUCCGGACCAAAAGGAGAAGCUGGUAAUCCUGGAGAAAGGGGCGAUGCCGGACCUAAAGGAGAGCCAGGUCCAGCAGGACCUGGUGGACCUCCCGGCCCCUCUGGGAUUCUGGGACGUCCUGGACUGCCCGGUUCUAGAGGUCCUGUUGGUAUGCAAGGCUCAGUUGGCCCUCCGGGACAAGAUGGAAAGCCAGGAAGUGCCGGGAGUCAAGGAGAACGUGGCAGUCCAGGAUCACCUGGACCCCCAGGAACGAGUGGACACCCUGGUGAACCUGGAAAAGAUGGUAGUCCAGGUUCAGAAGGUUCCCCCGGUAGAGACGGCUUCUCAGGACCAAAGGGAGACAAAGGUGAAGCAGGAAAUCCUGGAAACAAUGGUCCACCAGGACACCCAGGCCCCCCGGGACAACCAGGACAAUCUGGAAAAAAUGGUGAAAGAGGAGAAAAUGGCUCACCUGGAUCUGCUGGGUCCCCAGGACCUGCUGGAAUCCCUGGCCGUGCAGGUCCUCAGGGUCCCCGUGGAGACAAAGGAGAAAGUGGUACAUCUGGAGAGAAGGGCAUUAAGGGUCACAGAGGCUUCCCCGGAACACCUGGCAUACCUGGACCACCGGGACAUUCAGGCGAGCCUGGAGCAGCUGGAAAUCCUGGAGUUAUGGGCCCAAGGGGCCCUCCCGGCUCCACCGGAAGUCCCGGCAAGGAUGGCGUAAGUGGUCACCCCGGUCCAAUUGGACCUCCAGGACCAAGAGGACAACGGGGAGACAGUGGCCCCUCAGGACCAUCUGGGAAUUCAGGCCCUCCAGGACCGCCAGGUCUCCCAGGCCCACCAGGUCCCUGUUGUGGCGAUUCAACAGGCCCAGGUGGUGAGAAAGGACAAGACUGGAUGCCAUACAUGGUUGGAGACCAGAACACUGAGGCAGCGACCACCCUGGCCCAGAUCACUACAGCCCUGAAGAACAUCAACACGCAAAUUGAGAACAUCCUGACUCCCGAUGGAUCAAGGAAGAACCCUGCUCGUAGCUGUCGCGACCUCAGAUUCUGCCACCCAGAGUUUAAAAACGGUGAAUAUUGGAUUGACCCCAACCAGGGAUGCAAGAUGGAUGCUAUCAAAGUAUUUUGUAACAUGGAAACUGGUGAGACGUGUGUCAAUGCCACCAUUAGCAGUAUUCAGCGGAAGAACUGGUGGAGCAGCAGCGUCAAAUCCAAGAAGGCAGUCUGGUUUGGAGAGUCCAUGAGUGGUGGAUUCCAGUUCAACUAUGGGGACCCUGAUCUUCCAGAAGGCAGUGCAGAGGUUCAGCUGGCAUUCCUCCGCAUUUUAUCCACUUCAGCCCACCAGGAGAUCACCUACCAUUGCAAGAACAGCAUUGCAUACAUGGACGCUGAGAAUGGCAACGUGAAGAAGGCGGUCAAGCUGCUCAGCUUCGCCGAUGCUGAGAUUAAGGCUGAAGGUGUGAGCAGGCUGACCUACAACGUCCUGGAAGACGGCUGCACUGAACACACUGGCAAUUGGGGCAAGACAGUCUUUACAUAUAAAACACGGAGAACGCUACAUCUUCCCAUUGUCGACAUUGCUCCUAUGGAUAUCGGAAACCCAGAUCAAGAAUUUGGUGUGGACAUCGGCCCCGCUUGCUUCUUGUAAAUCAGCUCUCCGUGACUCUCUGAGGUUUACCGACGACGUUCUGCUGACAAAUCUUCUAUGACUGAAGUUUUUGCACAAUGGUUUUCAAUUGCUUUUACUCUUGUUGGUUUUGGACAAUGUUACUGGUGCUACAUGGUCUUAAGCAGCGAUACUAUUCUGAGCGGUGACAGUGGAGUGGACGUGAGAUUCCAAGACAAAAUUCCCAAUGUAUUGCUACCUCACCAUGGACCGGGAUGAGUUUGGGGAGCUGCGAGUCAUGAAUCACCUUGGCCGCCCGCCAUAUUGCUUUUAGCGGCGCUUCCUGAUUCUUUUCUUGCUGGAGUGUAGGAGAACUGCACUGGUGCUAAAGAAUUCCCAUUGCCACAAACCCUGAGCAGAUGAGAGUUCAGUCAGACACAACAUCCCAGCCCGCUCAGGACCCUCCACCCGCCGACUCAGCCACCGCACACUGUAACGACAUUACAUUAGUUUGCUGUGAUUCCAAUCCUUUGUAUAUGUCAAACUCCUGGAUCUGCUCAUUAAAAUGUUUUUUAAAAUUC